AUAAGGGCACCAAAAGAAAAAAAUUGUAUUUAGGAUGUAUCUUUGUUCUACCUUCUGUAAUUGUACCAUGUGUCUGCUAUUAGGUUUCAGGCCGAACCAACACCGGCGUGCCUUUUUCAGUUUUCCCAAAGUGGCAGCUCUGAAAAUAUGACAUUUUACUUCCUUCUUUCAUGCCGUACACACAAUAACAAAAAACUUUUCAUCACAUUUGACUGAGCGUUUAUAUUUCAAGUCGAAUUGAACGUUAUGAACGACUACUGGUGUCCCCCGAAGUGCAAUGCAAAAUUUCCUCCUUGUUUUGAAAAACAUCCUGGCGUGACUUCAAAAUCGAAUCCGGGCAAUAUAUUGGGACUACACAACUUGGCCAAUCGCAUAAAGCCCAGUUUCUUAGAUGGCAUAAGGCUAAACUAUCGCCACAGUCUGAAACCGAACAAAAUGCUUACAGCAAGUUGGAGGCUGAGCCACAAUGAACCAUCGGGCUUCCGAUUCGGUGGCAUUUAUACAGUUCGCUUGCACGGAGAUGUCAUGCAAACACCUACCAUUUAUGCCGACAUCAAUCCUGCCAAUCUGUCCACGGACGUCGGAAUUGUCUACCAUCCUUAUCCACAGCUGCGUGUCCAAGCCGAAAUGCAGAGGGCAGCCCUAGGUGCGCCGACUUUGGAGACCCAAACUUGCAUUGAACUCUCCACACAUUCUGCAACACUCACCGGGAUGCUCUACAAUGCCCGCAGAGAAAGUGGUCAGGGUACUCUCUCGUACCUAAGGGCAAUCAAUGAUAAAUUGUCAGUGGGCGGAGAACUCUCGAUUGAGUGGACCGAUCCCUAUUCCAUGAUGACGGACAUAGCGUUUGCAGCGCGUUUCCGCCAGCGGUCCUAUUCCAUUGCAGCUACCAUUUCGUGCCAGGGUGUCGACGUCAGCUACUGGCAGCGUCUGCAUCGGCGAAUACAAAUGGCCACGCUGUGGGCGUGGCAACGCAAAACGGAACAAUCUUUGGCCACGAUUUGUUAUCAGUGGAACUUUGAGGACGCCCAUGUGCGAGGACAAUUUGAUUCUAAUCUUUCGGUUGGCUUCAUUUAUUCGAGCAGGGUCAUGCCACACAUACCCCUGAGCAUGGAUAUGAGUCUGUUGAUCAACUUUCUGACAAAUCGAUUUGUGUUUGGCGUAAACUUUACGCUGGACCCCAGUGGUCUUCGCAGAGGUGAGUAGUUGAUUCCUGCUGCUCCAGGACCGUUUACAAGACUCUUAAUAAGGAAUAUUCGAUUUCCCUCCCACCUAUUGUGAAAUGGAGAACAUGUCCGAUCAAUAUCUAUAACUAAUAUUUCUAAAACUAUUUACUGCUUAACUCAAAAUCUGAAUUUGCUAAUAAUUACUGUUCGAUUAAAAUCGCAA